CUUCUGCUUUGGGAUGGCGCGGACAAAGCAGACGGCGCGGAAAUCCACGGGCGGGAAGGCGCCCCGCAAGCAGCUGGCCACCAAGGCUGCCCGCAAGAGCGCGCCGGCCACGGGCGGCGUCAAGAAGCCGCACCGCUACCGGCCCGGCACGGUGGCGCUGCGCGAGAUCCGUCGCUACCAGAAGUCCACGGAGCUGCUGAUCCGCAAGCUGCCCUUCCAGCGCCUGGUGCGCGAGAUCGCGCAGGACUUCAAGACCGACCUGCGCUUCCAGAGCUCGGCCGUCAUGGCUCUGCAGGAGGCCAGCGAGGCUUACCUGGUGGGGCUCUUCGAGGACACCAACCUUGGGAUAGUGGCGGAAAUGUCUGGUAGGGGCAAGGGCGGCAAGGGGCUCGGCAAGGGCGGCGCCAAGCGCCACCGCAAGGUGCUGCGCGACAACAUCCAGGGCAUCACCAAGCCCGCCAUCCGCCGCCUGGCUCGGCGCGGCGGCGUCAAGCGCAUCUCGGGCCUCAUCUACGAGGAGACGCGCGGCGUGCUCAAGGUCUUCUUGGAGAACGUGAUCCGCGACGCCGUCACCUACACGGAGCACGCCAAGAGGAAGACGGUCACGGCCAUGGACGUGGUCUACGCCCUCAAGCGCCAAGGUCGUACCCUCUACGGCUUCGGUGGUUAA